AUGGGGUCUGCAGUUCUCACUGUGACACUAUUUGUCACACUCAUACAACUGAGUACAGGUAUCCUCUUUUUGAUAUCUCAUCCAGAGGCCCCACCCACAACAACGUCUACGCUCCACCCCCUGGGAGAACUGAUCCAUGCAGCACUUCUCAGCAAGGAAUAUCUCGGCCAAUCGGGAAGCGAUACCGGCACGACCGCCAAUCCGACCCAAGCUGUCCCGUCAAUCAGACAGACAGAGCCCACCUCCACUAUGAUGUCACCAGGGGUUCUCACCACUGCCGUGACCUCAUCUGCAGCCCCUCAGUCUGGCCAGUCAGGAGCAGGGAGUGCUGUGACAUCACCCCCAGCUGAGGAAGAGACCACCACAACUCUGAUCACCACAACAACAAUUACUACUGUACACACACCAGUGCAAUGUAAUGCUAGCCUGUCUGGGAUGGAGGGGAUUGUGGAAUCCCCGGACCCUCUCUCAUCACCUGUGUUUUCCUCUCUGGAGUGCACCUACAGCAUCACUGUCUAUCCUGGAUAUGGAGUGGAGAUACAGGUUAAGAAAGUGAACCUGUCAAAAGAGGAGUCUCUCACUGUCAUGGGCCUGGGCGGAGCUGAGCCAGAGCUCUUAGCCAAUGAGACGCUGUUGAGUGAGGGUCAGGUGAUUCGCAGUUCAACCAAUCAGGUGCAGAUUCAUUACCGGAGCCUCAAACAGACCAAUCACGGCAUUUUCAGCCUCCACUACCAAGCGUUCCUCCUCUCCUGUUCAUUCCCUGUCUCUCCUGAGGGAGGUGGCGUAACAGUGACAGAUAUCCACCCUGGUGGUAAGGCCCACUUCCACUGUGACCCUGGCUUCCAGGUCAGAGGUCAUGAGGUGGCAACCUGUUUGAACUCUACACGACCUCACUGGAGCACACCCGAGCCCCAGUGUGUUCCUGUAUCCUGUGGAGGCUGGAUCAGAAACGCCACAGUGGGACGUAUUCUCUCCCCUACCAUUCCCUCUGCCAGUAACCACAGCACCAGCAGUAGCAGCAGCAGUAACAGCAAUCUAAGCUGCCAUUGGCUAUUGGAAGCUAAGGAAGGCCACAGGCUCCACCUCCAUUUCGAAAGGGUGGCCCUGGAUGAGGAUGAUGAUAAGCUGAUCGUGCGUAGUGGGAACAGUUCCGUGGCUCCUCUGCUGUUUGACUCAGACCUGGAUGACGUUCCGGAGAGAGGGAUCGUGAGCGAGGGAAACUCACUGUAUCUGGAGCUCACAGCCGACUCCUCCUCCAUCCCGCUGCUGUUGGCGUUACGCUACGAGGCGUUUGAUGGAGAGCACUGUUACGAACCCUUCCUGGCUCAUGGGAACUUUAGCAGCACUGACAUCACCUUCCCACUGGGCACAACCGUGACCUUCUCCUGCUCUCCGGGUUUCGUCAUGGAGCAGGGUUCUGGGGUCAUCGAGUGCGUCGACCCCAACGACCCCCACUGGAACGAGAGUGAACCCAUGUGCAGGGCCCUGUGUGGAGGGGAGUUGACGGACCCAGUAGGAACUGUACUCUCUCCUGAUUGGCCACAGAGCUAUUCGAAGGGGCAGGACUGUGUUUGGCAGAUUCAUGUUAAUGAAGACAAGCGCAUUGAAUUGGAUGUGCAAAUUCUAAACAUCCGUCAUAAUGAUGUUCUUACCAUAUUUGAUGGCCGUGACCUCAUGUCCCAUGUGAUUGGCCAAUACCUUGGGUCACGAGAGCGUUUCCGGGUCGUGUCUGGAGGAUCAGAGGUCACAAUUCAGUUCCAGAGUGAUCCGGACGACUCCACUUUCAUCCUGAGUCAAGGCUUUCUCAUUCAUUAUCGAGAGGUGGAGCCAAAUGACACUUGCCCCGCCCUCCCACCAAUUGAAUUUGGCUGGAGUAGCUCCUCCCACCCAUCCCUAGUAAGGGGCAGCGUUCUCACCUAUCAGUGUCAGCCUGGAUAUGACAUCAUCGGCUCUGAUAUCAUUACCUGUCAGUGGGAUCUGUCCUGGAGCAACAGCCCGCCCACUUGUGUGAAAAGUGAGAUCUUAAAUGUAGUUGUCCAUCAGUGCCCUGACCCCGGAGAGGUGGUGAACGGAGCGCGCUCAGUGCACCCAGAAUCAGGCUUUGCCGUGGGAACGGUGGUACGCUUCACCUGUAACCAAGGUUACCAGCUGGAAGGGCCCAGUCACAUUACCUGUCACGGCAGGGACACCGGCACACCGAAAUGGAGCGACCGCAGUCCCAAAUGCGUCUUGAAGUACGACCCGUGCCCGAACCCUGGCGUACCCGAUAACGGUUACCAGACUUUGUAUAAACACAGCUACCAGGCAGGGGAGACACUGCGCUUCUUCUGCUACGAAGGCUAUGAGCUAAUUGGGGAGGUUAUCAUUAACUGUGUCCCUGGUCACCCCUCUCAAUGGAACAGCCCACCACCGUUUUGCAAAGUGGCUUAUGAGGAGUUGUUGGAUGACCAUAAAAUGGAAAUCUCCAACGCAUUAGAAACCUCCCACUUAAUGAUCAGUGAAAACAUUGCAUUGGCUAUCAUCCUGCCAAUCAUCCUGGUCAUCCUUUUGAUUGGUGGAAUCUACAUGUAUUACACUAAUGUGUGUCGGCUGCAGUGGAAACCAAUGUUCUGGAAGUCUCUCACCCACACCCACUCCUAUAGUCCCAUUACGGUGGAGUCGGAUUUUAACAAUCCUCUAUAUGAAGCAGGGGACACAAGAGAGUACGAGGUAUCUAUCUGA